ACAAGUACUUGCGUUUAUUAUUCAGUUCACUUUGAGCAUUUGCCACUCAAUAUGAAAUCAAUUGCAUUAGCGCUAUUGCUGGCGGCCUGCCUCUUGGCCUCGCUGGCGUAUGCUAAUCCAGGCCAAGUGUAUAUCAAUGGCAAGUGCAUAGACUGUAAUCGACCGGAUGGCGACGAUAACAUAAUUAUUCCCAUGGAGCCCAAGAGCGCGGCAAGCUCCUCACAAUAUUUAACUGCGGGCGCUGUGGCAUUUGCUCUGCUUUAUUAUUGCUCCAGCUAAGCUUAAUUGUUUCAAAUGUCAAAUUUUUAUAAAUAAAUUUUUUGAUUGAUUUUAAA